CGACGUGAUACUGGUGUGACGUACAUGGAUCAAACUGAUACGGCUCGACAAGAUGCUGAUGGUCCAUUCGGAUUUCUAAAAUGCAUACAAACACCAGCAGUUGUUGAGACGACAUCACUGCGACCCCGAGAGUCCGACUUUCUCAUAGCGUACGCAACGCCGCCGACUUACGUCUCAUGGCGUAAUAGCCUUCGGGGCAGCUGGUUUGUACAGGCAAUUUGUGAGGUGUUUGCUAAGCAUGCUCGGGACAUGGAUAUUCUUCAACUGCUCACAAGAGUAAAUCAGAGGGUGGCGGAAUGCUUCCAGACGAAUUGCUCAUCUUCUUACAAGCAGAUGCCAGAGUUCCAUUCGCGACUCAUCAAGCAGUUCUUCUUUUUCCCUGGUGUAAAACGUUCUUCAGCUGUUUGA